AUGAAUGUUGAGGUGACAAGUCUACAAACCAAUGUGGAUAAUCUGUGGCAUUGUUUACAUGCCUUAUUAAAACGUAUUGAGCAGCUAGAAGGUAUCGCCAAUUCGAAUACAGAACAUAAAUCUUCUAUCAAUAAUAUCUCAAAAAGAAUCAAUGGUAUCACUGAUGAUUUAAUGUCAAUCAACAUCAAAGAGAGACAUAAUGAGGAUCCAGAUGUGAAGGUAGUUUGUAAAGAAACGUUGACAGAAGAUCCGAAAACGGGUAUUAAGAAGCGUACAAUGGUAACAGAAAGAGUAGUUACAACCAAAGCAUUCCACGUCAUACCGAUCAAUGAUGAUUUUGAUCAGUCAGUGACGACGAUUAAUGAAAUCGCAGAACUUCAUGCUGACAAAUCAAAAAUGUUUAAUACAACGAAAUUAACUUGGAAAGAUACUGAAAUAUCAUCUGCUUUAUCAUCUGAAAUGUCAAUCCCGAUGACUACGAGAAUCAUAGAACUUAGUCAAAAUCCAUUCCAUGAAAUUGACUACGAUCGAGUUGCCAAUCUGAUCAUUAUUACCCGAGUGAAGCCUGACUCUGUCUCUAAAGAAAUUCGUGCGGGUGAUGCAAUCGUUGAAAUCAAUGGAGUGCCUGUCACCAAAAUCAAGAAGUUAACGAAGUUGAAUGGUAGAAUAAUGCUAAAAAUGAUGCCGACACCUCUACAUCAAGGGCCAUCAAUUUAUUAUCGUGCGAUACUGGAUUAUGAUGGUUCACACGAUAGUCGUGUACCAGUUCAUUUCAACGUUUUGAAUUUGAAGAAAGGUGAUGUUAUCCAAGCAUUCAGUAAGGAUUCUAAUUGGAUUCAGGGACGGAAAGUGAAUGAUUUAAAUGAAACAGGGUUGUGUCCGGUAAGUAUAAUCGGUGAGCAGGUCUCAAUGCUUUCCCCAUUCGGUCGGCGAGUUUUGGUACUAUUGGGUGUUCCAGGUGUCGGACGCAGAACUCUCAAAACAAUGCUUCUGAGUCAUUUGCCUGAAUACUUCACAUCUGCCACUCCUUAUACUUCACGAGUUCCAAAACCUAACGAGUUGGAAGGUCGUGAAUAUUAUUUCCGAACGAAAGAAGAAAUGUUAGAGAGGAUCCGAACUGGUGAUAUGAUCGAAUGGGGUGAACUAGAUGAACAACUUUAUGGCACUAGUUUGGAGACAGUACGUAGUUGUAUUCGAAGCGGACGGGUUUGUUUGUUGGAUUGUGGGCCACAAGCUUUGCAACAUUUAUACAAUGCCGAAUUUAUGCCACUUGUUGUAUUGAUCGCUCCUCCGGAAACUGACGACUUUCGAGAAAUAAAUAAGCUUCGACUACAACCUUACACUGAAGAGCAGAUGGAAGCUUAUAUUCGGGAAAAUAAGAGACUGAUGGAGAGCAGUUAUGCCAAAAUGUUUGAUAUUGUUUUGGUGAACAAAAACUUGGACACCACUUUCAAAAGGCUUAUGGAGAUUUUGAAUGAAUUAAGAAAUGAAGUGCAAUGGGUACCAGAGACUUGGCUGCGUCGGAAAUAG